AACGGCACGCAGACGCGAUACAUCAAAACUACCAAAAAAAAAAAAAAAACAAAAUUCCAACCAAUUGAAACAAAAGAAACCCAUUGGAGAUAUACGCAAAGCGAGCGUUGCUUAUAAGGUUAAGAUAUAAUAAAAGCAAUACAAUCAGAAUCACAAUUACAAUGAGUGAAAUAUACAAAUUUCGUUGACAACAACAACAACGACGACGAAAAAAGUCGUCUGCCAAGCAAAUUUCACGCCGUAUUUAAUCUUAGCGCACUGCCCGCCUGCAGUUUAAACGCUGUUCGUCUUUCUUUCUGUUCGUGUGUUGUGGGUUCUUCUCUCCGUGUGUUCUUCACGCGUUCUGUGCUUUUUGUGUUCUGCUCAACAGUUCAACAGUUAUCAGUAAUCGCCGCGCGUUUGCUUAUCGUUAUCGUUAUUGCUAUCGUCGCAUCUAUUGAUCAGAUCCAGAGCCAGAGCCAGAAGAAGAAGCACAAGAAGGGCACAAGGCGCAAAGGUGUUUGGCUACCCAACAACAACGGUAUUGGCAGUGUUCUAUAAAGAUAAAAAACAAGCAAUACAUAGAAACGCAGUCAGUGCGUUUGAGAGUGCUCUACAAAAUUUGAAAAGGAUUUUCGCGUAAAGUUGGAGGGCCAGUAUUGGCCGCACAGAAGUAAAAAAAAAAAUACGGACCUAGUUUAAGUUUCUUAAGAUCACAUUACCACAGACAAAAAACAAUGUUCUCAAUACUUGGAUUAAUCACAGCGCUUCUAUUGGCCAGCACAAUAUGCCAGGCACUGCCAGAUCUGCACAAACAUAUGUCGCCAGAGCAACUGAAUUCAGUUUUUCAUGUGGACACACAUGACGCUGUGCCACACUAUGAGCUCGUCCAGCUGUUGCACCACACGCCCCAAGGUGAUCAUCAGCGCAAGCGUCGCAGCAUCGGCGAAUCCCUGGGCAAGGCACAUCAUGUGAAGAAGGAUCUGAGCAAAAAUGCCUACUACAGUGAGCUGAAGGCGGCCGCAGCGGAAGCUGGCAACGGUAAUCAUCUGUUUGACAGUGAUGUGAGCUCGAUCAAGUCGCACAAUGUGUCCUUCAGUGCCUUUGGACGCCACAUGAAUCUCACGUUGCGCGCCACGCAGGGUCUCUUCAAGGGAGCGCCACACGAGCUGCGUAUGUGGUCGGUGGGCAGUGAACCAAAUGCCACACAUGGCCUAGAUCUGCAGGAGGUGCUCAACGAGGAGCAUCACAAGCAUGAGAUUGGCGAGGUAUUCCAAGAUGAACAAAAUAUGGCAGCAAUCUUGAUGCGACGUCACAUGGAGACGGGUGAUUUGAUAAUGGAGGGCAGCAUUGGUCACGAUAUGGUCAUUAAGCCAUUGCCACAUGAGCUCAGUCCCAACAAGGAGCAGGCCCAGCAUAUUGUCUACAAACGUGAAGCAGCCGCCACAGAUGAUCAAUUGAGUGAUUUUGCCUUCAUGGAGCCGGACGAUCUGCUCGCCAGCGAGAAACUUGAACGUCUACAGCGUCGUCAGCAGCGUCGACGUCGGCGCAGCAGCGGCACUAGCCCCGACUUUGAAGAUCUCAACGAUGAGGAUGAGGGCGCCCUGGACGGUACCGAAGCGGAACCACAAACCUCCGAGUCCCGCAUCCGACCCAGACGCCAAACUCCAUACGUCAUCUAUCCCGAGGUCUUGGUAAUUGUCGACUACGAUGGCUAUCGUCUCCAUGGCGGCGACAACUUGCAGGUCAAACGCUACUUUAUCUCGUUUUGGAACGGUGUCGAUUUACGUUACCGCCUGCUCAAGGGACCCAGAAUACGCAUUAGCAUUGCUGGCAUUAUAAUCUCUCGGGGUCGCGAUGCCACGCCCUAUCUGGAACGUAAUCGUGUUGGCCGUGAUGCCAUUGAUUCCGCUGCCGCACUGACGGACAUGGGCAAGUAUCUGUUCCGGGAGCGUCGUCUGCCCGUCUACGAUAUUGCCGUGGCGAUCACAAAACUUGAUAUGUGCCGUCGCACCUCCGCAUUUGGUGAAUGUAAUCGCGGUACCGCAGGCUUUGCCUAUGUUGGUGGCGCCUGCGUGGUUAACAAGCGUCUGGAGAAGGUGAAUAGCGUUGCCAUUAUCGAAGACACCGGCGGCUUCAGUGGCAUCAUCGUGGCUGCCCACGAAGUGGGACACUUAUUGGGAGCCGUGCACGACGGCUCGCCACCGCCCAGCUAUCUGGGUGGACCUGGAGCUCAACGCUGCCGCUGGGAGGAUGGCUACAUAAUGUCCGACUUGCGUCACACGGAGCGCGGCUUUCGUUGGUCCGCUUGUACUGUGCAGAGCUUCCAUCAUUUCCUCAAUGGAGACACUGCGACCUGCCUGCACAAUGCACCACAUGAGGAUAGCGCCUUGGGCAGAUCCUUGCCGGGCACUCUGCUCUCCCUGGAUGCGCAGUGCCGGCGAGAUCGGGGCACUUAUGCCUGCUUCAAAGACGAACGCGUCUGUGCCCAGCUCUUCUGCUUCGAUGCACAGACGGGCUACUGUGUCGCCUACAGACCGGCAGCGGAGGGAUCCGCCUGCGGUAAUGGUUAUCACUGCCUGGAUGGUCGCUGCACCCCACUGCCCUCAAACAUAAUCCCCGACUAUGGAAAUAAUUACCGUUUAGUAUACAAUAAAAUCAGCCAGAAUAAGAACGAUGCAAACAGCGAAUCGACAAAGGACACUGAAAAUAGUAGUGAGGAGAACGAAUCCCAAGAAGAUGAGAGCCAAAGCGAUAUCGAAGAUGAUGAUGAUAACCAAACAGAGAGCAACAGUAGUACUAGUAGUGAGGAGCAGGAUGCUAAUGAGCAGGAUAAUAAUAUACAGCAGAGCUCUGUCGCGGCUGCUGCUGCUGCUGCCGACGCCGUUGACACCCCGCCAACAACAACAACACCCACGAGAACAACAAGAAAAUUGACAACGACAGACAAAUCAAAAUCUUUCGAGUAUUUACGACGACUGUUCAACACUGGCAGCAAUGAUAAUUUGGCAUUACUGAACACUCAAUCGCAGUGGCUACAAAAUGGCGGUGUUAUGGUCAAAACGCACACCAGCAGCAGCGUCAGCAGCCGCAGCAACAGUGGCUCACAUUACACACCAACAACCAGAACAACAACCACAACACCAUCCCCAAUAACAUUAACAACAACACAAACACCAAAUAUAUUUCAAUUCUAUACACAUGAAUUACGCAAACAAAUUGAAUACUAUUUUCACUUGAUACAAGAACAAACGCCACAACAAUCACAAUCACAACAACAACAUCAACAACAGCAACAACUUCAGUCCAAAAUAGAGUCCAAUGUACAAUAUUCAAUUCCCUUGGUACAAAAACAAAUUCCAAAUUAUAGUGCCACCACCAACAGCAACACCAGCAACCAAAUUGGCGCUAAAGAACAAAACAGCAACAACAACAACAGCGAAGAAGUCAACAAGCGACAACAGCAACAACAACAACUAGUUGAUGAGGAAAACGAGGCCAAUGCCGGCAUUGAGAUCAAUGAAGCAAUUGAGCGGCAAAAACGUAAGUUUCACUCACAACAACAACAACAACCACGACACUUGACAACACUGCAACAUCAACAACAACAACAACAAUUGUCAACACCAACAACAACAAGCACAGCAUCAGCAACAACAGCAGCCAAACCAGCGCCAACGCCAACAACAACAACAACAAAAUUGAAAACAACAUCAUCGAUAUUCGAUGCAUACUUUAAAAAAUUUCAAGCAUUGCAUUUACCAACACUGGAUGGUGCGGUAACAGCCACCACUACAUCGGUGUCCACCUCCGUCAGCUCAUCAACAACAAAAGCGGGCAGCACACAACAACAACAACAACAGCAACAGAAGCAACAAGAAAAACAGCAACAGCAACAACAUCGGCAUAAAUUCGAUGGCAGUCAAUUUUUAAAACGUACGCUAAAUCGCAGUAGUAUUACACAAAACAAAAAUAGUAGUAAUAAAGUUAGUAGCAAUAGUCAUAACCAUAGUCAACAACAACAACAGCAGCAGCAGUUGCUACAUCAACAACAACAAGAACAGACAUCGCCUUCAUAUGCAACCAAUUACAUUGGCGACAAUACCAACAAUUUGCCAACGGUGUUGGACAAUGAACCAAGCACAACAACAACAACAGCCAUACAACAGCUUCAACAACAACAACAACAGUCACCAAAUGGCCCCACAACGCCCAGAAAACCCAAAAUCAAAACACAAAAACUGAUACGCCGCACACGAGUCAUGUAAAGGGUAACAGAAGGCAAAACAAAUGUGGCGCAAAAAAAAGAACAGAAAAACCACAAAAAAACAACAACAA